AAUAAGCGUACUUGAUCUUCUUUAGUGGGAGACGUUCAGCAAGGCCACCAAGAAUCAUGGAAAAUAUAAAACUGGCCGGCUGUCCCACUAAGAAACCAAAGUUGAUUACAGUUUCAGAUCAAGUUCAGUUUUUCCCACAAUCAUGAACUUUGCCUUCCAGAUUUUCCUUAUAGUUUGUUCUAUAUUCAUCGUAGCUAAUGCAGCCCCUAAAGCUGGUGGCUACGGGCUUGUAGGAGGAGGGGGUGGUUACUAUAAUGGCGGCGGAUAUAGACCAAACUAUUAUGGAACUGGCUACAGGGGUUACGGAAGCUAUGGAGGCUAUGGUGGUUUUCCCAGUUACUCUGGGUAUGGAGGAAGUUAUAGACCUAGUUAUGGAGGAUACAGACCUGGUUAUGGUGGCUACAGUGGCUACGGAGGCAACCCGAGUUAUGGUUUAGGAGGCUAUGACAGUUAUGACUACGGUUAUGGCAGCAGUGGUCUCGGCGGAUAUGGCAGCAGUGGUCUUGGAGGUUAUGGCAGCAGUGGUCUCGGAGGUUAUGGUGGUUAUGGUGGUUCCUCUGGUCUGGGUGGAUAUGGAGGCUACGGAUCUUCUGGUUAUGGGGGAUAUGGCUCCUCAGGACUUGGUGGCUACGGAGGUUAUAAACCUGGCUACGGCACCAACUACUUAGGAAGCUCAUCAGGCUUUUACAAACGAUAAAAAGACAUCAUUGUGAUUCUCAUAGUAUUUAAUUUGUUAUUUAUUUAUAUGCUGUAAAUAAAAAACUUGUGCAGAAAAGUA